AUGCCUGGAUCAGGAAGCUACUGUCAGAAGUUUAGCGGCAGCGCAUUCUCUUCCAACGUCGCUGUCCCAACAGCAAACUUCACUCUGCACGGGACUCCCAAGUCCUGGUCACGAAUCGGGCUCUGUUCCGGAAAGGAAAAUGUGCAGUUCUUUUGUGAUGAAUGUGGCAGCAGCCUAUUUUCCCGCCCGGAGGCUAUGCCUGGAACUACUUUGAUCAAGACGGGCAGUCUCAUUGAUACCGAUAUCAAGAUUAUGGCGGAACUGUUUGUUUCGAGACGGCGUGGGUAUGUGGGUGCUGUUGAAAGCGCUAAGCAGGCUACGGAGAUGCUUUAG